CCCCACCGCGCUCAGAGAGGUCAAUGUGGCCGCCUGUCGAGUAAGCAGCAAAUGCGAAGCUUAUGAAUAACAAACAUGUCAUAUGUAGCGAGUACCUAAAGGUGACAAGUGAAUGCAACUCCUUUUAUCCCACAGGAUGGCUUCCUUUACGUGGAAACAAGCGGCGAUCGUGUCAUUUGUGCUGAGUGGUGUGUUAACUGCACCUUUUAUGCAAGAAGAAGAUGCAAAUCAGUUCAUUCGCCUUAAAAGACAAGCUCAAUAUACACAUGAUGGAUACUGGGACCCCAAUGGUGCAAAUAAUGUAUGGGGCUACACAAUCAGGGAACAGGCAAACGAAUACUGGGAUUUCCUGAGAACGACUGCCCAAUAUUACAUGGACAUGGGCGCCUUUUUUGAUGCAUCUGUUGCUGAUGAAAACAACAGGCUGUACAUGGAUAUGCUGAGGAACGUUGGAGCUCACAUUCAUGGCCAAGCCGAAGGAAACUGAAGGCUAAAGUGCAGUGAACAAAACUGACGUCCUUUCGAACGAACCUCUCCCAGUCUUUAAGCUUUUACUGUAUGAGGUCAGUCAAGAACGGGCGCACACAUCCAAGAAUCUGACAGACAUUAUGAACGACAAAACGGGUUUCAAGGCUCAGUCACAAUGGUGCUGCGCUCAUCUGUCAACAAGACAAUUUUGUAUUUUAUUUUUUAGAAGUGAAAAAACGGAGGACCGCAGGAUUCUCACAUUUACUUUUCCUUCUGUUAGCGUGUUCUGAAUGUUCUCCACGUUGUUCUGCACACCUCGUCUGCUUUUCUGUUUAUUUGCUUGUAACUGUAAGCAUUGAAAAUGGCUCCUCUGUUAUGUAGUCUUUGGGGGCUUAUAAAUGGCAAAAAAAAUUACUUUUGUAAUUAAAUUAUAUUGUUAUUACUCUCCACAAGUGUUUUUCUUAAUUUUUUUUCAAAGAUUAUAGCCAAGUUAGCUGAUAUAUUUUACAUUAGCGUUAGU